AGGAAGUUGUCAUGCGCGAUGUCCAUCGCUUCUUCGCCAUCUCGAGUCUUCUAAAACCUCGCGUAGAAUUGGGAAACUAGCUACGCCAUCAACAUCGUUGAACUCGUCUUCAAUGUAUUAUCAAAAACACACUGCAGAGGUUUUUGGACAGACUUCAGUUCCGCCAGCGACAAACUUUAGCUACUGUUAGCUGUUGAUAGCGAAGUGGUAAGGUAAAUAACUUAACGCUGCCUGACUAUUUUUCAAAAGUUCUCUAAUUUCGUCGAUGUGUCCUCCCUCGCCACCUUCACGGGACUUUGAAGUCAUGUUGGGCGAAUCACUAAGUCACCCUAUUAAAAACAAUAAGCCACCCGUUUUGACAUCCCACCAUGUCGGGGCCAGCCUAAGCAAACCAAAGCAAGCAAUGUUGAAGAAAGGUGGGAGAAAAUUGCGUUCGACAACGUUGGGGUUACAGCGGACACACCAGCAAAAACCGAUGAGGAUCAACCCCAUGCACCUGGCAGACAACAAUGUCGCAGUUUCGAAAUCCCCAGUGCACAGUGCCGAGUUCGCGACCAACCGGACCCAGGCGACUGCGUUGACCCUUCACAAUCUUAAGCAGGGAACAAAGAAAGAGCUACUGAAGUCAAAAAGUGGGAGAGUGGAGAGAGCCACAGGACUAGCAGGCCAGUCUGUCCACAACCUCAAUAGACACAAUCAAGAUGCCCAGAAUCUGAACACCCGGAGCCAUAGGAGUAGGCAUUCUAAUGCACCUGGCAAUGCUCUCUCAGUAAUGAAAAACCACAGCAGCUGCCACCAGAAGCCACCCUCUGCUCCCUUCCAGCUCCUCUGUCGAGAGGAGAAGAAGUCCUUCAACUCAGCUGACAGUGCCAAGAUCGUGAAUGUAUCCCCAGCUGAGCUUGUACCCGAGGAGGAGCUCAAAGACGGAGAGAAGAUCUAUGCUGGAGCUAAAUUCAGCGAGCCCCCGUCUCCAAGUGUCCUGCCCAAACCACCCAGUCACUGGGUUGGUAAAACUGUCCCCCAACAUUCCGACCACAGCCGUGAGAAAAUGACUUUUCAUUUGAAGUCUUUGCUGAAGGUUCAAGAUAAACCAUGAUCACAAUGGAUGGAAAAGCUGGAACGAUCCUUCUAUACCUGAUCAAUGACAACACAUUUGGCACUGAAAAACUGGACCGAUAACUUAACAGCAACCGAAUGUAAUGAGUUUUUGAUCUGUAAUACAAUUUCACAUAGUUUUGAGCAAGCAGGCUUGUUUUUAUUUGAUUUUUAAUGAACUUCUAUAAACAUGUAAAAUGACUAUAUUUUUCAUGUUAUUUUAACAGAAAGUAUAGUUUUGUUACUGAAGCCCAAAAUAUGUUCACCAUGAACUGGUGCACUUUUUUACUGUAAAUAAUGGGCUGCAUUGCCCAUUUUAAGGGGCAUUGAACGUAAGAAAACAUUUGACAAAUUUGCACAAGACUGACUGAAAAACAAAACACGGGUCCCCAUAGCGGCGAGCAUAGAGUUGUGACGGUUUGGGGUUCUGUGAACCUCACCCCACCUGUUGUGGCUGCUAUUGCCCUGAAAGCACUGUAGAGGACAGAACUCUCUAGAAGGGAGAUUGUUUCACAACUCCUGUACUACAGUACACAUUUUCGUCCUGUAGUACAAAAAUAAUCUUGCCAGCUCAACGGCCGAUUGAGCUGGCUGGGUGGGCGAGAUUAAGAAGAUGGAGUGGCAAUGCGAAAGUCUCAGAAUCAAUGAUUCCCUUUGAAGAGGACAACUGUUGCUACCGAAAACAGACAUUCAGCACUGAGUGCUUAUUCUUUUAAAUCUCUAGCACUGACUCGUUUUUUGUUUUUUUAAAUGCUUUGUGUUUUUAUUUCAUGUCUUUCAUUUUCCCAUCUAAAGCACAGAAUUAUAUUUACCCGAAGUGAUCUUGAUUAUUAUGUAACACCUUUGACCCUAGCUAACAGAUUGUAACGGACUAAUGUGAUAAGAUCCUGAUGCUCCAUUAGCUGUUACAGAUUAGGUAUUGUUUGGCGUACCACAGAGAAUUUUUGACCAACCUUAACAUGGCGACACUUCCUCAAUUCCUGACAACCAGUGUCUUCUAAACGUCCAUGUCUAGUUGCAGGGGGUUUGUUUUAAUUUCGAAAGUGCGCCGUUACUAAAUUUAAAUCAAUGUGUAUGCCGCCAUCUUGUCUAUUUCAAAUCUUCUCUCAUUGACCAAGACAGGUGAUUUGACCUCUGGAGCCAGGCAGCUGCUAGUUCGUGUUCCUUGACUCUUAGUGAUGUCACAAUGAUGAAAUUGUAUUACUGUACCAAAGAUCUACUCAUGUUGUUGCAAUUGUUAAAAGAAAAUUGAUUUUAGUCCAGUCACUAAAUUUGUAUUCAUGUUUUUUUUUUAAAACACCCAUCUCCCCCCCCCCCCCCCCCCCACAUGGUAAUUAGAAGAAGAAAAACAUUUUGGGGUGCAUUUAAUAUCUAAAUUGACAUUAAAAUAUUGUCUACCCCCAA